AUGCGGCUACUUCUAUUCGUUUUUGCACUUAUAGACAUAGUAUUCUCUCUGGACAAGUUAUGCGAAGAGGAACUUGUAAAAGGACCAUGUCGUGCGAGUUUUAGAAAGUACGGGUACUCGAUGAAGGAAAAAGCAUGUAUACAGUUCAUUUACGGUGGAUGCCAAGGAAAUGAUAACAAUUUCGAGACUAUCGAGGAAUGCAAGAAAAAGUGUGAAGAGGCAGAGACGGCGACAGAGAAGAAAAAGGAGACAUAA